UGGAAGUGUGACUGACUCUACCAGGGCAUUCGUUCUUACAUGCAGGUCUUUCUUCCUAUCAAGCUCUGUUUAUUUAUCUGUCCAAUGCAGCGCACUGAUAAGAUCGCACAGCUUGCAAUUCUACUCUGUCAUCUGAAUUCAACGGCAGCUGUCUUUACUCUGGUCCCUGCAAGAUGCCAGCAGCCCUUGCAGAGAACAGCCAGGUUAUCUGUGAAGUAUGGGCCAACAAUCUGGAAGAAGAGAUGAGGAAAAUUCGAGAGAUUGUUCUAAGUUACAGCUACAUUGCAAUGGACACAGAGUUUCCUGGAGUUGUUGUAAGGCCAAUUGGUGAAUUCCGCAGUUCCAUAGACUAUCAGUACCAGCUCCUUCGGUGUAAUGUUGACCUUCUGAAGAUUAUCCAGCUGGGCCUGACUUUCACAAAUGAGAAAGGAGAAUAUCCUUCCGGCAUCAACACAUGGCAGUUUAACUUCAAAUUCAACCUGACGGAGGACAUGUACUCUCAGGAUUCCAUAGACCUCCUUGCCAGCUCUGGGCUGCAGUUCCAGAAGCACGAAGAAGAAGGGAUCGAUACCCUGCAUUUUGCCGAGUUGCUUAUGACAUCUGGGGUCGUCCUUAGUGACAGUGUGAAAUGGCUGUCCUUCCACAGUGGUUAUGACUUUGGCUACAUGGUGAAGUUGUUGACAGAUUCCAGGUUACCAGAAGAGGAACAUGAGUUUUUCCAUAUCUUGAACCUUUUCUUCCCAUCUAUCUACGAUGUAAAGUAUUUAAUGAAGAGCUGCAAAAACCUCAAGGGUGGCCUUCAAGAAGUGGCAGACCAGCUGGAUUUGCAACGAAUUGGCCGACAACACCAGGCAGGAUCGGACUCUCUUCUCACAGGAAUGGCUUUCUUCAGAAUGAAGGAGUUGUUUUUUGAGGAUACAAUUGAUGAUGCAAAGUAUUGUGGGCGGCUGUAUGGCCUCGGCACGGGAGUGGCUCAGAAACAAAACGAAGAUGUGGACUCAGCCCAGGAGAAAAUGAGCAUUUUGGCUAUUAUCAACAACAUGCAGCCAUGAUAAGCAGUACCCCUCAGCAUAACAUGGUUACCAUAUUGGCAGCUGCUGUCCUCAACCAUUUUCCCUGAUAGUGUUUCAUACAAAAGGCAUCUACAGCCUGCAGAAGGCCUGCAGUUUUGCUGAGGAGCUGCAUCUUCAUUUGAAACCCAGAAGAGUUGACUGAAUUCCUAAUGCCAGCAUUUGUGGUUUGCCAUCUUUUUAAUACCAAGGGCAAAAGACAGAACCUACUGUGUAUACCUCUGGUUUUUUUCCUCUUUAUACUGUACAGAAUCUGCAAGGAAGACUUAAUGGUAGAAUAUUCAGUAGAGCUAAGGGUCUGGAAAUCCAGUAAAAAUGGACACAGACAUGCACACAAAUUUGCAAAUUGUGCUUUAUAAAGCUUAUUUUAAAACUUCUGCAUGUUGUGAGGGUGACUGCUUCACCUCAUGUUUCGCUUAUUUUAUCUUUGUGUAGUCUGUGGAAAUUGCUCCCUUUGAUCACUGCAGAGGUUUGGGAAUGGAUGACAUUAAAAAUGAUCCUUGCAGCUAAAAAUAUUCAGAGAUUUGAUUUAACAACAGUGGGAAUGGAUAUUACUAGAGCUGAUUUGAUCAGCACUCCGUAGUUUCUAAUUCUGUAAGGUACAGGUUGGACCCAUACUGAGCCUCAGCUUAG